GAACGCUGCGGCCUGGUGUGUGUGCGCGGCGCCAGAGCUCAGUUCGGGUCAUGACGGCGGGUAACCGCGGGCUGGUGGGAGAACAGGUGUGAAUAGAUGGAAAUUUGGAUUCUUUGUGAAGAACAUCCUGUGGUCGAUGAGUUUUACAAUCUAAACCAUGGAUCUCCCGACACUGCAGCCUCCUGCCGCCAGCCAGAAUUGGAAGACCAUCGUCCCUCCCCAGCGCAAGUAUAGGCAACAGCUGCACAGGCAAUACAUUAAAAAUGCAUCUCUGAACUUGAAAUUCUCCCAGGAAGUAGUUAACUCCAUGCUAUUUUACCAGGUCCCUUUCAAGGAAAGAGAUGGCAGAAACAUGUUCAAUCUCUUCGAGGUUGUCGCACCCGAAAAGGUGAAAGAUCAUGUGCCCCGCAGGCCUGGCCACUUGAAGCGAGUGUCGCGUCACCCCAAGACUCUUCGCCAGGUGCCCAAGAGGGAGGUGAAAGGUGAAGAGGCUGCACUGGCCAUAGACCGCUCUGACCGGAGAUUGACACCCAGCCAUCUGCACAAGGGUGCCAGCUCUGCUGAAACGAUCUCCUCAUCAGAGAGCAGCAGUCCUGUGGCAGGAGCAUUGAAGGCUCCAGCACUGGAGCAAAGCGGAGACAUCCCCGAGAGAGCAGCAAAAGAUUCCACCAGCGAGCUGCGUGAGCCAUGGGAUGAGUACCUGGUGAAGAAAGUGAGCAAGAGGAUGGCACAGUGGCUAGUGACCAAGCAGAUGCCCAGGGGCCCGUCCCGUGCCAGACUCAGGGGACUCCUGCAGGACCAUUAUGGUUCUGCCCACACCCAUGCCCUGAUAGAGGACGAGACUAUGACCCCCAGUGACUUUCUCCUGUAUGACCACAUCAAAGCCCAGGAGCCCAUCGUGACCACAGUUAGGAAAGAAACCAAGACUCCACUGACUGCCUACUACAGGGUUCCUGGGUUUGACCUGAAUGAAGGCAUGGAGGAACCUGGAUCUGUAAAUCGAACUGCAGCCAACCUGAAAGUGAAGCACUUUGAAUCUCCCCCAAAACCCAAGACCAUCUUGAAUUCAAAGCUUGGAAAACAUGUCUAUUACACUGCGAAUGUGUUUGAACAAGAACUGUACACUGGGUCAUCCAGUGUGGUUUACCACCGUGGCGAGAAAUACAAGGAGAGGAUCAUCAUGGACAACCUUUCCGAAUAUCAGAAACACCUCCAAGAGCGCUUCCCCAAGCCCCCAGAAGAGUGGUUGGAGGACAAAGGGGACAAAGACAAACAGCAAGUACCUCCAGGUUCCAAGAGGGUGUCGAAAGGCCUAAGGCGGUGGACAGGCCUUCCUACCCUUGCUGAUUACACUAUGGAGCAAGGACUGAGACUACCAGACUAUGAACUGGUGGAAAAAAGAGUGAAGAAAUCCUUUAAAAUGCAAGAGGACCUGCAAGUGAUGCGCAACAUGGUCACGGGAUGGAUCAAAUCUUGGCACAUCUAUUCACAUUGGCAGGAUAUCACAAUCGAAGAACUGAAGAGGGACCUCAAAGCAAUACAUAGUUAUGUCCAGCUCAGUGCUCUCGCAACCUGUGCAUCAGGAGCUAUUGAGCGGCCACAACUGGAAGAAGACAAAGAUUGUAUCAAUCUUCACUUGAGGAAUGUGAGUGAAGUUCAAGCUGUGCCCGAGUCUCUUCAACCGCUGAUUAGUGAGGCCCUGAACAGCAGUAACAAGCACGUACAAUUGGCAGCAGCCAUCUGCCAUGUCACAAUGGAGAAAGUGAAUGAUAGAGUCUUAGAGAUCCUACGUGACAACCUCCUUCACGGAAAUUCUGCUGAUUGUUGGAUUGCAGCUCAAAGCCUGGCUCUCAACGGUGAUGACAGCUACCCUGUAGUCAGCAGAAUCAUCCAGCAUCUCUUCAAUAAACCAGAACCGGAGAUUAUGAAGCAAGUGUGUCUGAUCCUGGGCCCGCUCAGUGAGAGGACAACUCUGGCACAUUUCAUACUGGCGAAGCAUCUGAACAGCCGCAAUUGGCAAGAGAAGGUGCUGGCAUGCAAGGUCUUCUCCUGUCUGCGUGGUUCACUCAACAAGGAUUUAACACGCAAGAUUGUGCACUUGAUGUGGAAUGACUGGAACAGUGAUGUCCGACAGGCAGCAACACACUCAUUGGGAGCCUUGGGUCUGGGGAAGGAAGCCCAUGAUAAGCUCAGGGAGAUAUUGGAGAAAGGGGAUUGCAGGAGCCGAAUCGAGGCCUUGUCAUGUAUUGGUCAGCUCGGUGUGAUGACUGGAAAACUGAUGCCGAGCUUCCUCGCCUGUUUCAGUGAUGAUUUUGUUGGUGUGAGGCGAGAGGCAUGCCUGACAGCUGGUUUGUUGAAGAUAAAGGAUGAGCAGGUCCUUCAACAUCUGGUGCGACUGAUGCAGUCUGAUCACAUCUGGAAAAUCAAGGCAUAUGCAAUCAAGGCUUUAGGAGCCAUUGGUCAUGUGACUGAGCAGCUGAAGAAUUUGCUUCUGUGGGCACUCCAUUACGAGCAAGAGCCUGGCAUCCGAAUGGAAGCCUGUAACAGUAUUGUGUCUCUGAACCUGAACGAUGCUCAUGUGCAGAAUGUCUUAAGAGAGCAGCUUCUGGUGGAGCCCGAUCCACUUAUCCGCGAAGAUGUGAGGUUAGCACUACAGAGGCUAGGGGGAAGCAGUGAAGUCACUGAAGGGAUGCUGCCAAAAAUCAAACAACAGAUCAACACACUAUGUCAGAAAGAUGUUGUCAUUUGGAAGCUGCUGAGGCUGGAGAUGGUGAAGUUGGAUAUUGCCCAACAGAUUCAGUGGAUCAAUCUCGAGAAACAACCGGAGCAUCUAACAGCCCUGCAUGAGCAGAUCGAGCACCUGAACAAGAGUGUGAUUGUCGGUUCUGGACAGCUCCACUCCAGCAACCUUACAGCUGCCAAAGGAAAACCAGUUGGUCAGGUGCCAGAGGAAUGGGGACUGGCAAACACUCAGUGAGGAGGAACUGCACUAUUCCAGAGCGCUGAGGGAGGGCAAGCUAUAGGAGCCUGUCAGCCAUAUAAUGGGCAACAGCCAAUUAGGAAAAACAAAGCACCAAUGAGUCACCUUGCACUUGGAGAAAGUUAAAUUUAAUAAAUAAACCAGAAAUAAUAGCUGAAAUAAUGUAUGUAGGAAUAAUUUGCUUUUACAAACAGAUCCUUCAAAUCUUUAUAAAAUUUAAUGGAGCAUACACUUUAACCCUGGUUAGUGAUCCACUGAUGAUCACUUCAAAUAAUCAACAAGCAAAUUAGGAUGUUCUUUAUGGUGUUGUGAAGGCUGAUGGAAUUGGAUUCCAGAGGAAUUUUAAUAAAGGUGGGUGAGGCAAAAGUUGGGGAGUGGUACUAAAAUGAACAGCUCCAUGAACUGGUACUUGCAGUGCACUGAAUAGUCUCUUACAUUUUAAAAUCGGAUAGUUGUUUUCAUAGAAUCCUUACAGCAUGGAAACAUGCCAUUUGGCCCAACAAGUCCACACUGACCCUCUAAACAGUAUCCUACCCAGACUCAUUUCCCUACACUAUUAGUCUACAUUUACCCAUGACUAAUGCAUCUAACCUACACAUCCAUGAACACAAUGUGAAUUGGCUAUGCUAACAUUACCCAUAACUUACACAUCUGUGGGAGCAAACCCGUAGGGAGGCAGCUGUGCUAACCACUAAGUCACCUCUACUACUGGUUCUUCCAAUCAAUAGUAGUUAGGCAAGUCUUAACUAAUUGAUUAUCAAUAGAUGUCCUUUGUUCAGUGGAAAUAUCUCUAGAAACUGUGUUUCACACCCCUACUAUUCUGUCUGCAACCGUGGUAGACUUGCCAACUUUAAGGACAUUUAAAUGGUCAUCAGAUAGGCAAAUGGACGAGAAUAGAAUAGUGUGGGUUAGAUGGGCUUUAGAUUGGUUUCACAGGUCAGCGCAACAUCAAGAGCCGAAGGGCCUGUACUGUGCUGUAAUGUUCUAAACAGUCUCCUCUUUGUCAUUGUUCUAGUGGAACGAUUUUCUAUCUGGUAUAUAUGGGAGGAAUUAGUCCCUUUUUUAAAAAUUCAUCGUUCAGUGAUACAGAACUUAGGUAUUACUUAAGAGCAACCUACAUUUGUCCAAGCUUUUCUUUUUACACUGUUCAGGAUUAUUUACAAGAAUGCUAAUUCGAGGAGAAAACACCCAUUAAUGCUGAUGACAGCAGCAUGGAUUUGUUAAUCUAAGUCCAUUUUGUUAAUUUCAAACAGGU